AUGAGAGUAGAAUCUAAUCUAAGAAUUUGUAGUGAUUCUUUUGUCCACUUUAUACAUAAUCAAUUGCCAAAUUCUCUUGUCAUAUCACUAUUAUCUUUUUUUCACAAUCUAACGACAUCUAUAAUUUGUGAAUCCUACAGAGCUUCUAAAAAGGUACAAUAAUUGCAAAACUAUCAGAAACCUCCAAAUACAGAAGAUCUAAAAACUCAUCAAGUAGUAAUUGAUAUUUAUUAAUUGAUAGCAUUUUUUUGAAGGAAAGCAUUUCUACCUAUUUAAUCUGCUUAAAUUUACUUCUCAAUUUUUAGGAGCAAAAUUUUAUUAUACAAUAAUUUCUGAUUAAGAAAUUGAUAUUCGUUUGGGUUAAUAAUAACCUGGAAAUGUUGUAGAAACAUUGAGUCAACCUUGA